AUGGACACCGCAAUGGAGGAAGAUCGUCGUCUUGAAUUCGAAGAAGCAUUUGUCUUGUUUGAUCGAGAUGGUGACGGAUUAGUGGAUGGAAAUGAUUUACGCCGCAUAAUGCGAUCAUUGGGACAAAAUGUAGGUGAUCCAGAAUUGCGAGAAAUGUUAAGUUCAGCUGGGGUCGACAUGAAUGGAAAAAUAAGUAGUUUGGAUUUUAUAAAUAUAAUGGAACGUAAAUCGAAAGAUAUCGAAAAUGAAGAGGAAAUACGUGAAGGCUUUAGAUUUUUGGAUAGAAAAGGUGUAGGAACAGUAUCGGUUGAUGAUUUAAUGCAUUUAAUGAGUGUAUUCAACAAUAAUCAACAACCAGAUCAACAAAUAUAUGAAAUGAUGCGUGAAGCGGGUAUAGAAAAUAAUGGACAAAUCAAUUAUGAAGAAUUUAUUAAAACAAUGACGUCAAAAUGA